CGGGAGUAAGAUGGCGCUGCGACCGGGCACGGGAUCUGGCGGCGACUCGGCCGCCGGAGCUGGCGCAGGGGCCACCGGGGGAGGCAGCUUCAUGUUUCCGGUUGCAAGUGGAAUAAGACCCCCUCAAGCAGGCCUAAUGCCAAUGCAGCAACAAGGAUUUCCUUUGGUCUCUGUCAUGCAACCUAAUAUGCAAGGCAUGAUGGGAAUGAAUUACAGCUCUCAAAUGUCCCAAGGACCUAUUGCUAUGCAGGCAGGGAUACCAAUGGGACCAAUGCCAGCAGCAGGAAUGCCUUACAUGGGACAAACGUCAUUCCUGGGAAUGCGUCCUCCAGGCCCACAGUAUACUCCAGACAUGCAGAAACAGUUUGCAGAAGAGCAGCAAAAACGAUUUGAACAGCAACAGAGACUCUUAGAAGAAGAAAGAAAAAGACGUCAGUUUGAAGAGCAGAAGCAAAAGCUCAGACUUCUGAGUAGUGUGAAGCCCAAGACAGGAGAGAAGACUAGAGAUGAUGCCUUGGAAGCCAUCAAAGGAAACUUAGAUGGGUUUUCCAGAGAUGCUAAGAUGCACCCUACUCCAGCAUCACACCCCAAGAAACCAGAUUGUCCCACAUCAUCUCAUUCUACUGUCACUGUCUCCCCAUCACCUGCCUUUCUUGAUGAAGAAGAAUUCAGUGACUUUAUGCAGGGGCCUGUUGAAGUUCCCAAAUGUGGGCCUUCUUCCACUUCCCAGCCUUUUCAGUCUUUCCACCCCACCACCCCAGCUGGCCAGUUGCAUACACAGAAGGUUGGGGCACAGCCUCUCCCUGCAGGUCAGAUUCCAGUGUCGUUUGCCUUACCUGGUAUCCCUGGGCAAAUUCCUUAUUUCUCUACUGCUUCAGCCUCACACAUUGUACAGAAAGCAGGCCCUUCCUUGGAGGAGAAGCUCCUAGUAUCUUGUGACAUAAGUACAUCUGGGCAGGAACGAAUUAAAUUAAAUACUUCUGAAGUUGAGCACAAAGCCCUAGGCCCAGCUUCCAGUAAGAACCAUCCCAGUUUAACAGCCAGUAGCUGGGGUGCUGUCAAUGGACGCGUAAGCGGUGCCACCACAGCAGAGGCAGAAAAGACUUCAGACCAAAACCGGUCAAUUGAGAGUGGUGUGGGAGUAUUUCCCUCACAGGAUCCCGUUCAGCCCAGAAUGCCUCCUUGGAUUUACAAUGAGAGUUUGGUUCCAGAUGCCUAUAAGAAAAUUUUAGAAACCACAGUGACUCCAACUGGAAUAGAUACCGCUAAACUUUAUCCCAUUCUGAUGUCAUCUGGACUUCCCAGGGAAACUCUUGGACAGAUAUGGGCCUUAGCUAAUCGAACUACACCUGGCAAACUUACUAAAGAAGAACUUUAUACCGUUCUCGCCAUGAUAGCAGUAACACAGAGGGGAGUCCCUGCCAUGAGUCCUGACGCUUUAAACCAGUUCCCAGCGGCUCCUAUUCCAACUUUAAGUGGCUUUCCUAUGACUCUUCCUACCCCAGUGAGUCAGCCAACUGUGAUGCCUUCAGGCCCUGCAGGCUCCACGCCUCUCAGCCUGGGACAGCCAGUCAUGGGCAUUAACCUUGUUGGACCAGUGGGUGGAGCUGCAGCUCAGGCUUCCAGUGGCUUCUUGCCAACUUACCCUGCAAAUCAGGUAAUAAAACCAGAAGAAGACGACUUUCAGGAUUUUCAAGAUGCUUCUAAGUCCGGAUCCCUUGAUGACUCAUUCACUGAUUUCCAAGAGUUGCCUGCUUCUUCAAAAACAAGUAAUUCCCAGCAGGGAAGCAGCGCCCCUUCUUUGUUGAUACCACUUCCUGGAACUAAAACAUCGGCUUCAAUGGAUAAAUAUGCUGUGUUUAAAGGAACUGCAGCUGACAAGACCUCUGAAAAUACUGUUCCAUUUGGAGAGCCUGGUGAUAAAUAUAGUGCUUUCAGAGAACUUGAACAGACAGCAGAGAGUAAAUCUUUAGGAGAAAGCUUUGCAGAAUUCAGAUGUACAGGAACUGAUGAUGGUUUCACCGAUUUUAAAACAGCCGAUAGCAUCUCACCACUAGAACUACCAACAAAAGACAAAACUUUCCCAGCAUCCUUUCCCUCAGGACCUGUACAACAGAAACAACAGACGCAAGUGAAAACUCCUCUGAACUUAGCAGACCUAGAUCUGUUUUCCUCAGUCAGUUGCAGCAAUGAGAAACCAGUGUCUUUUUCAGCUGCAUUUAGUGUAUCAAAAUCUAUUCCCACACGACCACAGCCGACAGAUUCCACUGCAACUACAACCGCACUGGCAUCGACUAAAACUUCUAGUUUGGCUGAUGAUUUUGGAGAAUUCAACCUUUUUGGGGGAUAUUCUAGUCCAGCAUCUGUUGGGGAGCAGGAUGACUUUGCAGAUUUUAUGGCUUUCAGUAAUAGCUCAGUUUCAUCUGAGCAAAAGGCAGAUGACAAAUACGAUGCCCUGAAAGAGGAAAUUAGUCCUAUUCCUCUCACAAGCACAUCAGGCAGCACAGUGAAGAGUGUACAGAACGCAGCUGCCGCGCCUUCCAAGUAUGACGUCUUCAAACAGCUUUCUCUGGAAGGAUCUGGACUAGGUGUUGAAGAACUCAGAGAUUGCACUGCUUCAGGAAAAAGUGAUGACGAUUUUGCUGAUUUCCACUCCAACAAAUUUUCUUCCAUGAACUCGGACAAAUCCCUAGGAGAAAAAGCGGUGGCCUUCAGACACACCAAAGAAGAUUCUGCUUCUGUCAAGUCCUUGGAUCUCCCUUCCAUCGGUGGCAGCAGUGUUGGCAAGGAGGACUCUGAAGAUGCACUCUCUGUUCAGUUUGACAUGAAAUUGGCUGAUGUGGGAGGCGAUCUUAAGCAUGUCAUGUCUGAUAGCUCUUUGGAUUUGCCAACAGUUAGUGGCCAGCAUCCUCCUGCUGCAGAUAUAGAGGACUUAAAAUAUGCUGCUUUUGGAACCUACAGUAGCAAUUUUGCAGUGAGCAGUCUUACAAGCUAUGACUGGUCAGACAGGGAUGAUGCAUCUCAGGGCAGAAAACUCUCUCCAUUUGUCCUCUCAGCAGGAAGUGGAUCCUCCUCAGCUGCCUCAGUUCUUCAAAAGAAGGAGACUCCAUUUGGCAGUUCUGAAAGCAUCACCACGACAUCUUUCUCCAAAGUAACAACCUUUGCAAGUGAAGGUGUUCUUCCAGAAACUACCUUCCCAGCGUUUGCCAGUUUUAAAGAUGGAAUUCUUCAGACCAGUGAGCAAAAGGACUAUGAAAGCGGGAACUAUAAAGAUUUCACAAGUCAGGACCUGCCUUCAGCUGAACAGAGCCAAGAGGUCACAAGUCCAAGCCCAGCUUCUAGCGGUGCUUCUCACGAAACCCCAAAAGAAUGUUCAGAUGAUUUUGGAGAGUUUCAAAGUGAAAAGCCCAAAAUCAGCAAGUUUGACUUUUUACUGGCCAAUUCACAAAGCAAAAUGAAAUCCAGUGAAGAAAUGAUCAAAAGUGAGCUGGCAACCUUCGACCUUUCUGUUCAAGGAUCUCACAAGAGGAGUUUGAGCCUUGGUGAUAAAGAAAUAAGCCGUUCUUCUCCUUCUCCGGCUUUGGAGCAGCCUUUCCGAGACCGUUCCAACACUCUGAGUGAGAAGCCCGCUCUGCCUGUCAUCCGUGACAAGUACAAAGAUCUGACAGGAGAGGUGGAGGAGAAUGAGAGAUAUGCGUAUGAAUGGCGGAGAUGCCUGGGGAGUGCCCUAGAUGUCAUAAAGAAGGCAAACGAUACCUUAAAUGGAAUCAGUAGUAGUUCUGUUUGCACAGAAGUAAUUCAGUCAGCUCAAGGCAUGGAAUAUUUAUUAGGUGUCGUUGAGGUGUACAGAGUAACCAAACGUGUGGAGCUGGGGAUAAAGGCCACUGCAGUGUGCAGUGAGAAACUCCAGCAGCUGCUGAAGGACAUUGACAAAGUGUGGAAUAACCUAAUUGGCUUCAUGUCACUCGCCACGCUCACGCCAGAUGAAAAUUCACUGGAUUUUUCCUCCUGUAUGCUCCGUCCUGGGAUUAAAAAUGCUCAGGAACUUGCUUGUGGGGUGUGCCUCUUAAACGUGGACUCCAGGAGCCGGAAAGAAGAGAAGCCUGCAGAAGAACAUCCUAAAAAAGCAUUCAACUCAGACACAGACAAUUUCAAGCUGGCAUAUGGAGGGCACCAGUAUCACGCCAGCUGUGCCAACUUCUGGAUCAACUGUGUUGAACCAAAACCUCCUGGUCUUAUCCUGCCUGAUUUGCUCUGAAAAGCUCCUCUAUGAAGCACCAACCAGUUUCUUUUGUUUGUUUUUCGAUCACACCCCAGGGGGGGACAGGGACCAAUUAACAGAAUGCACGUAUUACUAAGUUCAUCUCUAUAAAUCUAUAUAAAGGAUUCCCCAAAAGGUAGGGAAAAAAAAAUCUGUGGAGGUUCCAGUCAUUCCUGCAGACAAACUUUGUCCCCUAGUUUCCACUGCCAGCCUCUGGGAUUUGAGAUAAAAUUGCCCUGCCCAAAAUGCAUGUGGCACCAGAAGUUUGCCAGCUUAUCUCUAGUUCUCAUAAGAUGUUUUAAAAUAUGGACCACAAUUUUCUUUAUCUAAAGAACAAUUGCUGCUGCAAUAUUGAAACUGUGAAGAAUUGACCUUUGAAGAAAAGUAAAUUAUUGUUGUAGGACUGGAAUUGGCAGAGCUGCUUCAAGCCAGUGCUUAUUUAUAUCCAGAACACUUACUGUCCUGUGAAGUAGAACGCAUUUAUCUGCACUUAAGUUUGUUAAUAUCUGAAAUGAAUAAAAUGGGGAAAUGUGAUUAAACUGAUGCUCUUAUCCUUUUAUACAAAAAUUCUGCUCCUCUCCACUGGACAGUGGCAGGUGGGUGCGGGCAGAUUUCUCAACUUUACUGUCAGAACUGAGCCAAUUCUCUACUUUCCUUCAUUUCUAAAACUGUCAACUCAAGAAUACUUUUUCCCAAAACAUACCUGGCAGCUUUGCAGUAGAUAAGAAAGUUUAUUUUACAGAGGCCCAAGUCCCUGUGUAUCAGGAUGAAUAUCUUUCCUGUUAGAAGCCCUCACUGAAAACCUUCCGUUUUACCUCACACACAGAGUGAACAUGGUACUUUUUUCAGACAAGAUUUGGAAAGGCAACUGAGUGAAAUAUCUUUGCAGUAGUUUCUUUCCAGAUCCAAAGAUGACUACAUAGAGACCAACACUGCCUGUCUCUGCAGUACCUAUGAGAGAGACCUGAAAGUUAAUUCAGGGUUAGAAGAUGGAGUUCCUGGCCUAGUGAGGAGAGUGGAAAGGUGUGUAUUUAUGGUAGAGGUACAUGACUUAGAAGCAGCACUGAAUUUUAGAAAGAAAAGGCUCAUGCUCUCUGGGUUAGGGAAGUUUCUUUGCUGUUAAAACUAAAUGCAUAAAAUAAAAUAAAAAUUUUAAGCCAAUAUGUUAAGGACUUUGUUGGGAAGAACAUACCAAUGUUAGGAAAACAUUUCUCUGAAUUGUCAAUUAUGUACUUUAUAAAGAGAUUUUGAAACUUGUAUGCUUCAUUUUGUGUGACAUGAGCUUCUGCCCUAGACUUAGUUUUUAUUUGUAAGCUGAAAAAGGUGGUUCUAUCCAUAUAAUUGCUGCUUUGACAUAAUUAAUUCGUUUUCCCCUCUCUUAGGACAAAACAUGAGGGAAUACUACUUUGUUCCCUUUCACUUUUUACAUCCAUCUUUUCCAAGAAAGGUGUAGAACAGUUUCAUUAAACGGUUCUUGAUGAGGCUCUUGCUUUAGCUUGUGGUGUGCCAGAAUGCACAGAGAAGCGCUGAUGACAUAAAUCUGUUCUUAUUUGCUGCAGAUGACACCAUUGCCAGCUAUUAAUGACUGAGACUGCUGUCUCUGAAUUGUCACGUUAGAGCCUUUGCCCUCCACAGGGUUAGUGGGGUGUUAGUGACACCACCACAGGCCAGGUGUCCAGCAGGCUCUCCCUGGGGCCUCUGUGGUCCACUUCAUCCUGAGCAGCACUGGUGUUCCAUGUGGCACCAGACUUCAAGCAGGUUUCUAAUUGGUCUUAAAAAUUCCAUAAUGGAGUCAUGAUUACAGGAUCUGCCACUGCAAUGUCUCACAGUUGGACAGAAUUCACAUUGCUGAAACAUCUGUUUGCAAAUGCUUUAUGGAUUGCUCUUCUGUGACAAUGGCCUGUAUCAGUGACAUUUUAAAAUAUGUGUUCACCUGUUAACCAGGUUGGUUUCCAUUCCUAGGUCUAUUCCAGAAUGCCUCAAAUAAAAUUCCUAAGUAUAAUUUCUGCUGACCUGUAUGAUAGGCUUAGUCACUCCUUGGAAGGUAUGAGAGGAAUAUUCAGCAAACAACAAAAAACAGCCUUUGCUAUGAAAAGUAUUCACUACUUUUAAUAUCUGUUUAAUAGGGGAAAUGUUUUAUGAGAUGCCACCAAUAAGGAUUGGGAGUGUGUGGAAUACCAUUGUGCUGAUUUUAUUUAUUUAUAUACAUUCAUUAAAAUGACUCAGUGUUGCGUUUAGCUUUACCUCAGCUCUCCUCUUGUUAGCCAAGAGCCCAGUGUCCUUGGAAACAGUAACCAAGGUUACUUAUUUCCAUACUAUGUAUUGUGUUAGGCAGCUUCACCCCACUGCCGGAGUGACGAUUAAAGGUGGUCUUCUUUUUUGGUAUUGUAUUUUGCUCUUUAAAAUUUUAUGGCUUAGUGUGUAAUUUAAUUUUUGUCUGGACAUGUCUGAGAUAGAAGAGGUACAGGGUGUAUUAGGAUAUUAUCCAUGCUUUAUUUUUCCUGUGGCUACUAGUUAGCAUUCCAUAUGGGUUGCGUCUUUUAAAUCGAUUAUUUUGUGUAGAUGUAUUUUGUUUUCUGUUUAAGGAUGCUUUCUAAUUUCCUUUUAGGUUUAAAAAGAUUCUAGGGCCUUUAUGUUAUAGAAAAUUUGAGAUGUUUGCUCUGCACUGGGACCAAUACAGAAAUCCCUCUUACCACCUUCUGCGUCAUACGCCUUUCUUUGUGACCAGCUAAUAAAUGGCUUUGACAUCUUCAAAGACAUUUGCUAUUCAGGAGGGUGUGUAUUAGCCUGUUGUUGGCCACUCCAGCAAAUGUCCGAAUGCAGGGCGAGAUGUGUUUGGCCUCAGCCUGUUUUAAGUUACUUAGUAUUUCUUUGGAAAAAUGUGUACCAAAUAGCAAUAUGGCAAGCCCCCUCCUUACAAAGCCAAGCCCAUGAAAUGAAGCUUAACUAAAACAGCUUUCUGGUGAAAAUGCCACUUUAUAAAUACUUUCCUAACAAAACACCAUUAAAAUGAAAGUGUACUUGAUUCCAUUAUAUUUUGAUGUGAUUGUGUGACUUAAAAAAAAAGUAUUCAUAUGUAAGUGACAUUAUUUUGUAGCUGUGGCUGUAUUAACCCAUGAAUGCCAUGAAAAUGGGUUGUCUUUUGUGUUGUGCGGUGUGAAAGUUAUUCCUAUAUUUUAAAAGUGGCUUUUUUGUUUGGUUUAUAUUUUAAUAAACAAUUUCCCUAAAUGACAUGUUUAGACAUUAUAAAGCUUGGUCUCUAAAAUAUUUUCAGAGUUUGUUCUGAAAUAACCACUUGCUAAACUCCACUGGCAGGGAAACAAACGUAGAGGGAUGUCACAGCUACUAGACUUCCUCUGUCUUUCCCCUGCUGGGUCAUAGAUGCACAUCACAAGGAUGAAUAGAGGCCUAAGCAUUUAGACUAGAAAGGUGUAAGGCUUCCCAAGUGCUAAAAACACUCUUAGUAACAUCCCAAUAGUGAUGUUUACCAGGACUGCUACAGGAAAAUCCCCUUAAUUACCAAGAACAUCUGUCACUGGGUGGGUUCAAACCACCAGCCUUGGGGUUAGCAGCGGAUCGCAAACCACUUGCGCCACGAGACUUAAAACAUGCCUUCACACUAAAGGAAGCUUCCUGAAUUGGUUUUGAUCAUGUGCUGAUGUAGCAUUUGUGGGUUCCUCUGAUUUCCCACAGAAACUAUUAACUUUAAUUUUCCUAUUUAGACAACAACAACUAUGCUGGUUUAUGAAAGUGAGCAAAUGGUGUAAAACAAGAAAAGGGAGAUUAUAGAUGGAAAAACAUUGCCAGCGACCAGGUAAACAACUAACUCUGGGAUAUAAAUUACAUGCAGCCACUGGCAUUACAUUUAUGGCUUCUUGCCAUAAAAGAAGACCAAAAAAGUAGAAAAUUAUUCCAUGAAUAGGCAGGCUACAACCUAGCUGGCAGAUGAAGUAAAAUAAAGCAGUGCUGUGGCAGUGGUUCUGCUGUAUGGGCAGAUUUCCCAGUGGCUCCCCUAUCUAAAAGUAAGGGAAUGGCCUGGUAAACUCCCAGUGGCUUCCCAGGAGAGUGGAAAGGAAAAGAGCUCCAUCAUUGCUGACA